AAGCAGAAGUGUGUGCAAAGCAGCUUGGGGCUGAGGAGCUGAUGGUUCAGAGCACUUCCUGUUCCUGGAGCCGCGUGUGCUCAGCUGCGCACCAGGUUGCUCCUGCCUGUGCUCUACAGCACAGAGGGCCAGGAGAUCAAGGCACACACCCAGAAACAGAGUGAUGGAGAGGCACUGAAUGGACUAACAGUAGACUUCAGGAGAGAUACAUGGCCAGCUCCCAAGAGAAGCAGAAACAACUUAGUGCCGGUUGCUCCAUUGCUGAUCUCCGACUUCCCUUUUCUCAACAGUGCAAAGAGACUUUUCCUCUGUAUUUUUUGAGUUGCUUUGGUGAUAACCACUUGACCUCCCCUUCAUUUUUCCCUUCACAAUGGUGAGGUGGUUUCAUCGUGACCUGAGUGGGCUGGAAGCUGAAGCCUUACUGAAGGGACGAGGUGUCCAUGGGAGCUUCCUAGCCAGACCCAGUCGAAAGAAUCAAGGGGAUUUUUCCCUUUCUGUUAGGGUUGGUGAUCAGGUAACCCACAUCCGUAUCCAGAAUACUGGGGAUUUCUAUGACCUAUAUGGAGGAGAGAAGUUUGCCACACUUUCAGAACUGGUGGAGUACUACACGCAGCAGCAGGGCUCACUGCAAGAUAAAGAUGGAACCAUCAUUGACUUGCGAUAUCCUCUCAACUGCUCUGAUCCCACUACAGAGAGAUGGUACCAUGGGCAUCUGUCAGGUGCUGCAGCUGAAUCACUUCUCCAGGCCAAGGCCACCCCAUGGACCUUCUUGGUGCGGGAGAGCCUCAGCAAACCUGGAGAUUUUGUCUUGUCUGUCCUGACUGACCAACCUAAGCCUGGGUCUGAUGCUCCACCAGCUGGAGCAACCAGUGCCUCUGGGGCCCGUCUCAAAGUCACCCACAUCAAAAUCAUGUGUGAGAAUGGACGUUACACAGUCGGAGGUACUGAAAAGUUUGACAGCUUGGCAGAUCUUGUGGAGCAUUUCAAGAAGACUGGGAUUGAAGAGGUGUCUGGCUCUUUUGUAUACUUGAAGCAGCCCUACUAUGCUACAAGGGUGAAUGCUGCUGACAUUGAGAAUAGAGUGCAUGAACUGAACAAGAAGAGUUUAUCCGAGGAAACAUCAAAGGCUGGAUUCUGGGAGGAAUUUGAUAGCCUGCAAAAACAGGAAGCCAAACAACUAUUUGACCGUCACGAGGGCCAGAGACCUGAAAACAAGAGCAAGAAUCGAUACAAGAACAUCUUGCCUUUUGAUCACUCUAGAGUCAUCCUCCAAGGAAGGGACCCAAAUAUCCCUGGAUCUGACUAUAUCAAUGCCAACUAUGUAAAGAACAAUCUGAUCAGUCCAGAUGAGUGCCCCAAGACCUACAUCGCCAGCCAGGGUUGUCUGGAUACCACUGUCAAUGACUUCUGGCAAAUGGUGUGGCAGGAGAACACACAUAUUAUUGUUAUGACCACACGGGAGGUAGAAAAAGGACGGAAUAAAUGUGUGCCCUACUGGCCAGAGGCAGGCAGCACAAAAGAAUAUGGUCCUUACCUCGUGGAGAAUGUUGGGGAGCACGACGCAUUGGAAUACAAACUCCGGCAUCUCUGUGUGUGUCCAAUAAAUGAUAGUGAGGCUGUGCGUGAGAUCUGGCAGUACCAGUACCUGAGCUGGCCUGAUCAUGGUGUUCCCAGUGAGCCUGGAGGAGUGCUGAGUUUCCUCGAUCAAAUAAACCAGAAGCAGGAGAGCAUUCCAGAUGCGGGGCCUAUUCUGGUGCAUUGCAGUGCUGGGAUUGGCCGCACUGGGACUAUCAUCGUCAUUGAUAUGAUAGUGGAAACAAUCUCCACCAAGGGGCUAGACUGUGACAUUGACAUCCAGAAGACCAUCCAGAUGGUAAGGGCCCAACGCUCAGGGAUGGUGCAGACAGAAGCCCAGUACAAGUUCAUCUACAUGGCCAUCUGCCAGUUCAUAGAGACAACAAAGAAAAAGCUGGAGGUUAUCCAGUCUCAGAAAAACAAGCAAAGUGAGUCAGAGUAUGGGAACAUUACCUACCCCCCUGCAGCGAAGAAUUUGCAUGCCAAGGUCUCACGAAAAUCCUCCAAGCAGAAGGAGACAAUUUAUGAAAAUUUGGGUAAAAAGGAAGAGAAGGUACGGAAACAGUUGUCCUCGGAGAAGAAACUGAAAAGCUCACUGAAGAAGAAAUAAGCACAGAUUGCAGGUAGCCCCAAGGGAGUUUCAACAUGGAGUGCAGGAUGGGAGCUCACAUCCAUGCUGGCCAGUCUCACAUUUCAGUCUCUUGGACAGCAGGCCUUCCUCAUCUCUUCCACGCCAUCUUUCAGAACUCUGAACCAGGCUGCUUUCUAGCUAGCUGACCGACUUCAGCGUCCCUUGCCUGUACAAGCCUGUGACAACUCCCACUGCCCUUCAUCAUUCAUUAACAGGAAAAAUCACACCACUUCUUUCCCUUGAUCCUCGUGCACUGGCACCCAAACUCACUGCUGCUUCAGCACUUCCUCUUUUUGAGGAGUUAAGGAAGAGCUUUACAGGGACUACAUCUCUCUCUGCUUCUUUGAGUUUAGCCUGUUUAGCAUUCCCUGAGAAAUCAUCUUUUAAAAUCUUUAAUUUCUGGCCUAUUGCAGCUUAGCUCCUCUGCUGUUCAACAGGAAACUUCCCCUUUUCUUUAUCCUGUCCCUCUAUACAAUAACCUUUUCUUUUCCAUCCUACAAUUGAAUGCUGUAAAUAUGCCAGACUUUGGUGUGACAUUCAUUUUAUCUUCUGUUUGUAAAUAAAGGUGUACUUGUUUGAA